CGGCGGCGGGCGGGGAUGGGCAGCGGCGGGGAGGCCGGGCGGCGGGCGGGCGGCGGAGCGGGCGGGCUGCUCGGGCGCAGCCGGCGGCGGCGGCGGCGGCAGCAGCGGCGGCCGGGCAUGGGGCCCCGGGGCGGCCGGGGCAGCACCACCGCCCGCGGCAGCCUGCAGCACUUGCUCCUUUUCCUGCUCUUCGUUGGACCUUUCAACUGCUUUGCCAGUUACAGCCGCGCCACCGAGCUCUUCUACAGCCUCAACGAGGGGCUGCCUGCUGGAGUGCUCAUCGGCAGCCUGGCCCGUGACCUGCGGCUGCCAACGGCUGGUGGGCAGCGCCCUGCGGCCCUGCAGCCACCACUCUCUUUCACCCUGGCCUCCCGUGGCUUGGGGGGACAGUAUGUGCAGCUGGACAACCGCUCCGGAGAGCUGCACACCUCGGCCGUAGAGAUUGACCGGGAAGCUCUGUGCGUGGAGAGCAGUGGGGCCACCGUCUUUGGGGGAGCAGCUGCUGUCUCUUCCUCCUCCUCCCUACCCUCAUCUGAGUCAUGCCUGCUGCUGCUGGAUGUGCUGGUGCUGCCGCAGGAGUACUUCCGCCUGGUGAAGGUAAAAAUUGCUAUCCGGGAUGUCAACGACAAUGCGCCCCGGUUCCCUGUGCCCCACAUCCAUCUCUCUGUGCCUGAGAAUGCACCGGUAAACACACGCCUGGCUAUUGAGCACCCCGCCUUUGACCCUGACAUAGGCACCAACGGUGUCCAGACCUACCGCCUGCGAGAUAACUACGGUGUCUUCACCCUGGAUGUGGAGGAGAAUGAGAGUGGGGAGAGGACUCCCUACCUGAUUGUCAUGGGGGCUCUGGACAGGGAGGCACGGGAGGAAUAUGUCACAGUUAUCAUUGCUGAGGAUGGGGGGACUCCUCCGCUUGUGGGCAGUGCCACGCUCACUAUUGGCAUCAGUGAUAUCAAUGACAACUGCCCCCAGUUCAGCGACUCACAGCUCAAUGUCACUCUUUAUGGGAAUUCUAGUCUAGGAACGCAUGUGGCCACUGUCCGUGCAGUAGACAUGGACCUUGGAUCCAAUGCCCAGAUCACCUACUCCUACAGUCAGAAGGUCCCCCAGCCAUCCAGAGACUUGUUCCACCUGGACGAAAGCACAGGAACCAUCACGCUCUCCAGUAAAGUUGAUGGGGACACUCUGAGGCUCCACAGGCUGAUCAUACUGGGCAACGGUCCUGGUUGUAUCCCUGCCGUGAUCACAGUGCUAGUGACCAUCAUCAAAGUCAUGAUGAGGCCACCUGAAGUCAUCCCUCGUUUCAUAGCUAAUGAAGUGGAAGGGGUGGUAUACUUAAAGGAACUGGAGCCUAUCAACACACCGAUAGCAUUUUUUACCAUCAAAGACCCUGAUGAAAAAUACAAAGUCAAUUGCUAUUUGGAUGGUGAUGGGCCUUUCAGACUUUCACCGUACAAGCCAUACAAUAAUGAAUACCUGUUAGAGACCACAAAGCCAUUGGACUAUGAGACACAGCAGCUCUAUGAAAUCUCUGUAGUUGCAUGGAACUCAGAAGGAUUUCAUGUCAACAAAAUAAUCAAAGUACAGGUCCUGGAUGACAACGACAACUCACCAAUUUUCUCUCAACAGCCGAUAGAAUUAUCCAUUGAGGAGAACAAUGUUCCCAAUGCGUUCUUGACCAAACUGCACGCUACAGAUGCUGACAGCGGAGAAAGAGGGCAAGUGUCCUAUUUUUUAGGGCCUGAUGCCCCUUCCUAUUUUUCUUUAGAUAAAACCACAGGAGUUCUUACAGUUUCCACCCAACUGGACAGAGAAGAAAAAGAGAAAUACAGAUAUACUGUCAAAGCAGUAGAUUCUGGGUUCCCUCCAAGAGAAUCAAUAGCAACUGUCGCCAUCACUGUAUUGGAUAAAAAUGAUAACAGUCCAAGGUUUAUCAAUAAGGAUUUCAGCUUUUUUGUGCCAGAAAACUUUCCAGGUUUUGGUGAAAUUGGAGUUAUAAGUGUCACAGAUGCUGAUGCAGGGCAAAAUGGAUGGGUUGCCCUUUCAGUUCUGAAUGGAAGCGAUAUUUUUGUCAUAGAUACUGGAAAGGGAGUUUUGAGAGCUAAAGUCUCCCUGGACAGGGAGCAGCAAAGUUCCUACGUUCUGUGGAUCGAAGCAGUUGAUGGCGGUGAUCCUGCCCUCUCUUCCACUGCAAAAAUAACUAUCCUUCUUCUGGACAUAAAUGACAACCCACCUUUGGUCUUGUUUCCUCAAUCUAAUAUGUCUUAUUUGUUGGUCCUUCCUUCUACCCUUCCUGGCUCUCCCAUCACUGAGGUCUAUGCCGUUGAUAAGGACACUGGCAUGAAUGCAGUCAUAGCUUACAGCAUCAUAGGAAGAAGAGGCCCUCGACCGGAGUCAUUUAGGAUUGACCCUAAAACUGGUAAUAUCACCUUGGAAGAGUCACUGAUGCAAAAUGACUAUGGCCUCUAUCGGCUGCUUGUAAAAGUUAGCGAUCACGGCUAUCCAGAACCUCUCCAUUCCACCGUCAUGGUGAACCUUUUCGUCAAUGACACUGUUAGCAAUGAGAGCUAUAUUGAAAGUUUGUUAAGAAAGGAGCCUGAUAUCAGUAUAGAAGAAAAGCAGCCGCAGAUAUCCAUAGAGCCUACGCAUAAAAAAAUGGAGUCAGCAUCCUGCAUGCCUACCUUGGUAGCUCUGUCAAUAAUAAGCUUGGGUUCCAUCGCUUUAGUAACAGGGAUGGGCAUUUACAUCUGUUUAAGAAAAGGAAAAAAGCAUCACAGAGCAGAUGAAAACUUGGAAGUACAAAUCCCGUUAAGUGGAAGAAUUAGCCUGCACGUGUUGGAGAAGAAACCAAUGGAGAUUUCUAACAUUUGACGUUUCUUUGUGGAUAAAUCCAACAUCUGAAAAACCUUGGACAGCUCUGAAAUGCCUAGCCGUGGGUUGUAUUGACAGAGGUUGCAAGGAAGGACUGCUAAUUUAUAACUUAAUAUUAUAAUUGUAAAUAGCUGUUUACAGUUUUUUAAAUUGAAGUUCAGUGUACAGCUUUUUUAUGAAACCUUAGUACUAACAGCUAGCACCCUGUGUAUAAAAACAUGGAUAUCAUUUGCAGCUUUCAUAAAUCAGUAAGAUCAGUGAUCAUAAAAAAGGGGAAGGUAAGACGAUUCUUUAAACUCAAGUUUUAAAAGUCUUUUUAACCACAAGAGGGCAUCAGACGCUCCUGAGCAGGGAACUGUUCGAGGUACUGUCCAUGAGAUAAACACAGAGUAUAUUUUAAAUAUAUUGGUUUUAACAUAAAAUACACAUUGGCAUACAGAUAUUUCACCACAAAAAAAAAAAAAAAGAUGUCUGUCCCGAUGUAUGUGUAAUUAAAAGAAUAAAGACAUUACAAUGCACUAGUAAUAAUAAUAAAAAAAGAAAAAACAGAAUGUUUAUUACCUCACAAGUAAAGCUUAUACAGUAGGAUAGAAAAGGCAUUAACAAGAAGUGCAAUUCCUGUUGAGCAAGAAUGCAAGAUAUUGUAGUGAGAAUCUGAACUGCUGUGACAUAUCAUCUUUCAUUUGCUCCAGUUUUCACCCACAUUAUCAUUUGCUCCAGCAAUCUGCUGGUCAUUUUUAUGGAAAAUUAUAUUUAAUAUUUCCUACAGCAAAUAAUGACAGAACCCCAUGCUCAUCCUCGUAAACAUGCCAGAUGCAAGGAAGCAAGGGAAUGGCUGAAUCUUUAGUUGUCACAGAAGUGGUGAUAUUUUUUGUACUUUGAGCAAUCUGUCAGUAGUACUCCAUCAGUUUGGUUGUGUAAUAGAUUUUUCAUGUGAUACUUCUGAAUCUGAUCUGCCAGAUGAGAGCAAAAAUCACUUCAUAUUCUAAGGAAUUAUAGGACUUAGUUCAUUCUGACUGUUUCUCCCUUCUAGAUUGGUAUUUCAUGUGAAAGAUCUUGUUUCUGACUUUUGGCGACCAUUCCUGGCUCCUUUUCAUUGGCUUUGAUUUUGGAUUAGAUCCAAAAUCUAACUUGUAAGACUGGUGGCAUAUUUUCUUGAUAAUUUAUUCUUUGCUGUAUCCUCUGCAUCAAAGCAGCAGGUUUAUCAGUGAUGUAUCACUUUCACUUAAUUUUAAGAGCUGAGAACUAUCUUUUGUAUGAUGAUUACAUCAAAUUUCUCUGUGUGAACAAGAUAAAUUAGUGUUAUGCUUAAAACUGAUUAUUUUGAUUUCUGGCAUCAUAUGUCUGUAAUGUACCAAAAGUGUUUAUAUGUCUGCAAAUUAAAGCUAUAUAUUUUCAUAAUAACUUAUUUUUUCUUUCUCUCCUAGAAUUUUCAUUAUAAAGCUAAAUAUUAUUCUAGUUACAAGAAAUGCAUAUUUCACAAAUGCUUGGGUGCUGGCUAUCUUGUCUGACAUGUCAUAAUACUUCCCAAAAUUAGUACACUUCAAAAUCACAAAUGAGAGUUUAUGCUGUACUUCUUGGAAUUACUGGCAAAGGCAAUUGUAUUUCAGCUGAUGUACGUGGGGCAGCAGCUGAUACCUGUUUUAAAAGUAGGGAAUGCAAUUUGAGACAGUUUCUGAUUUUUCUCUCUGUGAUUGGGACAUUACUUCACCUUGAGCCUUUUGAAAUGUUGGAGCUUCUUAUAGAUAUUGGUUCUGCUUAGCCUAAGUAAGAGUGUUAAUAUUUUGCCAUUCUGCCUAUAAGAAAUAGCUAUUUUUUCAAGUUAGAAUAUUUUCUGUUUAUGCACGGUUUGAUAGCUGUGUUUCAUGAAAAAUUAAUUCAGCCUGUCAAAGGUUUGUGGUUAAUCACCUUUUUUCAUUUAUUUUCAUAUUAUUAAAAUAUGAAAAUGGUA